AUGGCAUGGUAUUACAUGCCAUCGAGGCCGGACAGUGAAGUUCCUGGAACUACACUCUUCGAAGCUCACAGGGUUCCUCUCUCCAUCUAUAGGAAACCUGAGCUUCUUGAAAGGAUUCCAUCAAAUAUAUCAGCUUGCUCAAGGCUCACACAACUCGAUAUCAGCUUUAACAGGUUGGUAGGAAAUAUCCCAUCUGAAUUUAGUUACCUUGUAUAUCUAAAACAACUUGGUCUUAAUACAAACCACCUGACAGGAAACAUCCCUUCAUCUUUUGGGAACUUAUCAUCCCUCUCCGAAAUCCAUCUAAGCCAAAACAACUUAAGUGGAAGUCUCCCAAAGAGCUUAGGCAAACUAAAAAAAUUAACGUCUCUCUUGCUUGCAGAAAACAUGUUAUCAGGGAUAGUCCCAUCUUCAUUCUUUAACCUCACGAGAUUAAUGAAUCUUGAUAUAGGUUCUAAUAACCUGGGGGGAAACCUUCCUUCAGAUUUGGGUAUCAAACUUCCAAAUCUGCAGUGGUUCUCCAUUUCCAUUAAUUAUUUCACUGGAUCUAUUCCUACUUCUAUAUCCAAUUCUUCAGGUCUAAGUACACUUCAAUUGGGUGAUAACUUUCUCACAGGUCAAGUUCCUUCUCUACACAGACUAGCAUAUCUCUCACGACUUAUGCUUUAUGGUAACUUACUUGGGUAUGGCAAAGCUGGUGAUUUGAACUUUGUUUAUUCAUUGGCCAAUGCAACUGAGUUACAGUGGUUGGAUAUAGAACACAUAGACUCUGAGGAGACAGAUAGCAGCUUGAUGUUGGGGACUCUAACCUCUGUACUCCAAAUCGCAUUGUCUUGCUCAGCUGAUAACCCACAAGAAAGGUUGGAUAUGAGUGAUGCCACUGCAAAGCUAACAUCAAUCAGAAACAAGCUUCUUGGAACUAGAUUACAACAAAGAAGAAGAAUUCGUGCAGCCACAGGGAGUAACGAAACAGACAAGCUAGCAUUGCUUGAAAUCAAAGCCCAAAUUCGUGGUGACCCUCUCGGCGUCAUGAGUUCAUGGAAUGAGACCCUUCACUUUUGUGAGUGGUAUGGCGUUACUUGUGGUCAUAAGCACCACCAGAGAGUAACAUCACUAGACCUGCAUUCCUCCAAAUUAACAGGUACACUCUCUCCCCAUCUCGGAAACUUGAGCUUCCUUAGGGAGCUAUAUCUUGAAAAUAACAGUUUCGGUGGUACAAUCCCGCCAGAAAUUAGUCGUUUGCAUAGGUUACAAUCUCUAUGGCUAUUUAAUAAUUCCAUUGGAGGGGAAAUUCAAUCAAAUAUAUCAAGUUGCUAUAACCUUGUUUAUUUGUACCUUGAUAAUAACAGAUUGGUUGGAGAGAUCCCACUGAUGUUUGGUUCCUUGUCUCGUUUGCAGUAUCUUGAUUUAUCAAAGAAUAACUUAACAGGGAACAUUCCUUCAUCUUUGGGGAAUUUAUCAUCUCUUGUUAAGUUGUAUGUUCUUGAAAACAAUUUGGUUGGAAGUAUCUCAGGUAGUCUAGGCAACCUUAAUAAUCUCUCCACUCUAGCAUUAGGCGGCAAUAAGUUGUCUGGGGUAGUACCGCCUUCAAUUUUUAAUCUCUCUUCAUUAAUAGCACUAGAUAUAGGAGUGAACGACUUGGAAGGAGAACUCCCUUCAUAUUUAGGAAACACUCUGCCGCAUUUGCAGUUUUUUUCCAUCGCUGAAAAUCGGUUCACAGGACACAUUCCUGCUUCAAUUUCCAAUUCCUCUAGCCUACAAGAACUUCAAUUGAAUACCAACAGUCUUCAUGGACAAGUUCCUCAUCUAAACAAGUUAGUCAAUCUUAUUAUCUUUCGCAUUACCCAAAAUUUCCUUGGGUCAGUCCAUUUGAGAGAUUUAAUAUUUUUUACUUCCUUGGCCAAUGCCACCGGUUUACAAAAUUUUAAUAUAAAUCAAAAUAAUUUCAGAGGAGUUAUCCCUAAGAUGUUUUGCAAUUUCUCAUCACUAAAUUAUGUAUCUAUGGGCAACAAUUACUUGACUGGAGAAAUUCCAUAUUGCAUAGAGAACUUAUUAGAGUUGCAAUAUUUUGAAGCUGUUAAUAACACACUUUCUGGGGUCAUUCCCCCUGGGAUAGGGAAGCUCCAAAAGCUCGCUGAUUUAUACUUAUCUCACAACCAAUUAUCCGGAGUCAUUCCACCAUCAAUUGGAAAUUUAACCAAGUUGUCUAUCUUAGCCCUGUAUAAUAAUCAUCUCCUAGGCCAAAUACCAUCAACUCUUGGAAGCUGUGGGUCUUUAAUAGCAUUAUCGCUUUCUAAUAAUAGUCUUAGCGGCAGUAUACCCCAUCAACUUUUUAGUCUCUCUUCCUUGUCUAUUGUCCAAAAUCUAUCAGGAAACCAUUUAACUGGGUCCCUCCCUGAAGAAGUUGGGCAGUUGGGCAUUUGA